AUGGAUUCAGUCAAACCAGAAGUAGAUUUUAAUCCCAAUAUUACUGAGCUCCCUACUCAGGCUGAAACCAGCCGAACAAGUUUUAAUAAACCCUCUAGGGCUUAUGCAGGUAUAAAUGCUGCAAUAAGAACAAAAGAUAGUCACACUCCAGUAGGAUCAAUGAAAACUGAAGCGAUUAAUCCGUUUGGAAUAUAUCUAGAUUUAGAUUGUAUUAAUAAUACUGAAGAAGCUAUAGAUAAAUGGGAAACUUCUUUAAGGAUAGCAGUAACAAUGGUUAGAACUAGAGCAACAAGAGCACCUGAGCCAGCCGUUGGGGCUGUAGGCAGAGGAAGAGUAGCAACGAGAGGCCGUGGUAGAGGUCGCGGAAGAAAGCCCAUCAGGGGCAGGGUCCAAACAGCUGGGCCAGCCAGGAAAAGAGCAGCGAGCCCUCCACUGGCUGAUGAGGUAGUUAGAGAUGAUGGUGGGGUGGAGGAGGAGCAAGUUCAUGAGAAAGAAGCACCACCCCAGCCUACUCCAGAGAUGAUCCACCAGGUUCUCACCUAUCUUAGUGGGUUAUCCGAUCAGGGACAAGCUCCCCCAGCACCUCAUAUUCCAGGAGUUCAACAUGCAGCUGUUAUGGCUCCCCGCAUAACUGCGUCUUUGGGGACAAGCAUGUUUCCUCAAUUGACUACAGGGCCGUUUCAAGGAGACGCCAAAAUGUGGUGGCGGUCUCACGUGGAGUGCCGACCAGCAGAGGCACCACCUAUGACCUGGGCAACCUUUUUUGAUUAUUUUAUGCAGAAAUAUGCUACUCAGCUUUGCUUCAGUCCAGAGGAGCGAAUUCGCCGCUUUGUGAAGGGAUUGAGGUCAGAUUUGCGAAUUCCAGCUUUACAGGUUGCUGCUUCAGCAAAAUCCUUUCAAGAAGUGGUUGAUUUUGUGAUAGAGGUAGAGGGGGUAAAGCCAGAUAACUUCACUAAAGAGACAACAUUCAAGAAGUUUCGUAAAGGAGAAAAUAUUGUCCAAGGCAGAGUCAGGCUUGGCAUGAUCAGGGUUAUAGAGUCCCAGCAGUUAGAGGUGGAGGCGACGGCUAUGGUAGGGGCCGUCAUUCUGGAGGACGUGGUGGCCAAGGUCGUGGUGGUCGCCAGUCCGGCCGGGGUGGCGGGCAGGUUGGAACUACUGGAGUACAGCCCGGUAAGGGACAAAGUCAGACAAGUGACAGAGCCCAUUGUUAUGCCUUGUUAUGCCUUCCCUGGGAGAUCAGAGGCAGAGGCAUCCGAUGCUGUUAUCGCAGCCUUCCUAGCACAUCUUAGGGAUGAUAAUUCUGAAGUGCCGACGAUUGAAUCUAUCUCUAUAGUUCGUGAGUUUAUGGAUGUUUUCCCCGCAGACUUACCUGGUAUGCCACCUGAUAGAGAUAUAGAUUUUUGUAUCGACUUAGAGCCCGACACUCGCCUUAUUUCCAUUCCACCUUAUAGAAUGGCCCCAGCUGAGUUGAGAGAGUUGAAGGCCCAACUCCAGGAAUUGUUGGCUGAACAAGAUGUACCAAAGACGGCUUUUCGAACCAGGUAUGGUCACUAUGAAUUCUUAGUAAUGUCUUUUGGGCUUACAAAUGCGCCUGCUGCUUUCAUGAGUCUGAUGAAUGGAAUUUUUAAGCCAUAUUUGGACCUCUUUGUUAUUGUUUUUAUUGAUGAUAUAUUGAUCUACUCAAAGAGCCAAAAAGAACAUGAAGAGCAUCUAAGAACUGUUCUGGGAUUGUUAAGGAAGAAGAAGUUAUAUGCCAAAUUCUCCAAGUGUGAGUUCUGGCUUGAUUCAGUGUCUUUCUUAGGGCACGUGGUUUCUAAAGAUGGAGUGAUGGUGGAUCCCCAGAAGAUUGAAGCAGUGAAGAGUUGGGCAAGGCCCACUAAUAUCUCAGAGGUAAGGAGUUUUAUUGGUUUGGCUAGCUACUACCGCCGGUUCGUCAAGGGAUUUUCUUCUAUUGCUUCCCAGCUGACUAAUCUGACCAAGCAGAAAGUUCCAUUUGUAUGGUCGGAUGAGUGUGAAAAGAGCUUUCUGAAACUCAAGACCUUAUUGACUACUGCACCAAUUCUUGCCCUGCCAGUAGAAGGUAAGAAUUUCAUUGUUUAUUGUGAUGCAUCAUAUUCUGGUUUAGGUGCAGUGCUAAUGCAGGAGAAGAAGGUAAUUGCCUAUGCUUCAAGGCAAUUGAAGGUGCAUGAGCGUAAUUAUCCCACUCACGAUUUAGAGUUGGCUGCGGUUGUAUUUGCAUUGAAGCAGUGGAGACAUUAUCUAUAUGGGGUAAAAUGUGAAGUGUAUACAGAUCAUCGCAGUUUACAACAUGUAUUCACUCAGAAAAACUUGAACUUGAGGCAGAGGAGGUGGAUGGAAUUGCUAAAGGAUUAUGAUAUCACUAUUCUUUAUCAUCCAGGAAAAUUAGGUACUAGAUUGGAUCUUAGUACUGCAUUUCAUCCUCAGACUGAUGGGCAGUCUGAGAGGGAAGAGCCUGUGGCUAUUCUUGAUAGGGAGGUUCGCAAGUUGAGAUCAAGGGAGAUUGCGUCUGUGAAGGUCCAGUGGAGAAAUCCUCCUGUUGAGGAGUCCACUUGGGAGAUUGAGGCUGACAUGCGUGGAAAAUAUCCACAUUUAUUCAUCGAGUCAGGUACCAUUUUCUAUCCUCACUCUUCUCUUGACCGUUCGGGGACGAACGGUGGGUAA